AUGAGUCCUCCUAUCAUCAACUUCCCAUCCCUUCAGCCUGCCAUUGUGUGGAAGGUCAAUGUGGGUGCUGGCCACCCCAUUGGACCCCGUCAGAGCGGUGCUAGUCUCGUCCACUUUGAAACACCAACUGGCACAGUGGAGACUGUGGAAGGAUUUGAGCCUAAGUUCAAAGCCAAUGUUGUCUUUGGCGCCGACUGGCUCGAGUUCGACCCAGACCAGAAACAUGCCCGAAUCAACAUGAAGGCGAUCGCCCGGUAUUACUAUCGUUCUAUCGAAGAAGACUUCCUCCGAGCUAAUGUCUACCGUAGGACUGAAGACGGAAAGGAGAUCAGCUUUGGCUACACUGGCAUUAUUGAUACCAACGAAGCCGUCCUCAAGAUCUUCCAUCAGCAGCCUGACUCGGUCAGUGUACCAUUCGGGUUCAGCACGGGUGCUCAUACCUUCCACAGCGGUGACCCUGAACUCCAAGAAUUGCAGAACUUUACGUUAAUUGGCAACGGCCGCAUGUUGGUCGACGAGAAGACCCGCAUUAUCACGGUCGAGUCCCGUCUUUCGAAGGUGGUUCCGGCUACAGGGUUUGAUUAA